ACGUGCAGAAUUACCGGCCAGGUCGCUCCUAGAGCCCGCGCCCGGGAGCGAGCGCGGCGGCGGCCAGCACCGGGAGCGCACCAAGGAAGAGGCCCAGCCCCCGCCCUCCGCCCCUUCCGUCCCCACCCCCUACCCGGCGGCCCAGGAGGAUCCCGGCGCGACGGGCGCGGCGGGCGCGCACUCCCCGCUCCUCCUCCUCCCUGGCGCUGCUCGCCUUUCUGCACUCGCUGCUCGCGCCGGGCGCGCUCCACCGGCUCGCUGCUCUCCGCGCCACCCUCUGGGCCGCGCUCCCUGAGGGAUGGUACUGAAUUUCGCCGCCACAGGAGCCCGGCUGGAGUGCCCGCCCCGCGGCCUCGCCUCCUCGCCGAGCCGCCAGCGCCUCGGGACGCGAUGAGGACCUGGGCUUGCCUGCUGCUCCUCGGCUGCGUCUACCUCGCUCAUGCCCUGGCCGAGGAAGCCGAGAUCCCCCGCGAGGUAAUUGAGAGGCUGGCGCACAGUCAGAUCCACAGCAUCCGGGACCUCCAGCGACUCCUGGAGAUAGACUCCGUAGGGGCUGAAGAUGCUCUGGAAAGCGGCCUGAGAGCUCAUGGGGGCCCCGCCACCAAGCACACACCUGAGAAGCGGCCGGUGCCUGUUCGGAGGAAAAGAAGCAUCGAGGAGGCCGUCCCCGCUGUCUGCAAGACGAGGACGGUCAUCUACGAGAUACCGCGGAGCCAGGUGGACCCCACGUCCGCCAACUUUCUGAUCUGGCCGCCGUGCGUGGAGGUGAGGCGCUGUACCGGCUGCUGCAACACCAGCAGCGUCAAGUGUCAGCCGUCGCGCGUGCACCACCGCAGCGUCAAGGUGGCCAAGGUGGAGUACAUCAGGAAGAAGCCAAAGUUGAAAGAAGUGCAGGUGCGGCUGGAGGAGCACUUGGAGUGCACGUGUGUGCCCAGCAGCCCGAGCCCGGACCCCCGGGAGGAGGAGGCAGGAAGGCGUAGGGAGUCAGGUAAAAAGCGGAAAAGAAAAAGGUUAAAACCCACCUAACAAGCCAACCAGAUGUGAGGUGAGGAUAAGCUAGCAGCCCUUUCCCGGGACAUGGAUGUACAUGGCGUGUUACAUUCCUGAACCUACUAUGUACGGUGCUUAUUGCCAGCGUGUGGUCUUUGUUCUCCUCCGUGAAAAACUGUCUCCAUGCACACUCUGGAGAACAAAGAGACGUAUGCGUUUGUUUAAUGUGACAUCAAAGCAAGUAUUGUAGCACUCGGUGAGACAGUGAGAGCUUCCUUGUCGAGAGAGAGCAAACAGCCACGGAACCCGACCGACAGAACUGACUCAACAAUGCCCAGACAGCCGCGGGAAUGGAGGGCGCCCUGUGGGACGGCAGCGACGGAUGCCUCGGUGGACGGAUUUCUGUCCAGGGUGGUCACAGGUGCUUUUGCCAAGGACACGGACGGAGCCCGCUCUCCUGGAGGACGGACAGGUGCCACGGCUCUGCAGGGGUGCGCAGGAGCGGGUGUCUCGGAAACCGCCACGGGACUUUAGAAACCACAUCUCCUUGCUGUAGUGUUUAAGUCUAUACGGAACCUUCCUGAGAGCCUUAAGUGGGGUUUGUUUGUUUGUUUUUUUUUUUACACCAUAAAGUGAUUAUUAAGCUUUCCUUUUUAC